AUUUCAGAAAAUAACCAGAAAUCUUUACAGCUAGUAAGUACUAAGCAUAAUAUCUCUUCUACUAAUAUACAAGAAGAUGAGAUUAUUCAUAUAGAGCAUUCUGAAAAUGAUAAAAAUAGUGCAAAUUCUUAUAUAAGGCUAAAUACAAUAACUAGUAAACAAAAAGAUAAGGUUAGUCAAAAACAAAAGAUUAGUAUAAUGGCAAAAGAUGAAUCUUCUUCAGUAGCAAAAAUAGAAUAA